UUUUCGUAGGCAUCGCAAUGUUAAAUAAAAAAAACAUAUGUUUGCAAUUUAUUCAUCAACAAUCGUGCGAACAAGUUGUCUGCGGGCGGACGGUGCGCAUUUUGUUUUAUUAUUAUUUAUUUCCUUUCCGCAGGAAGUAAACUAGACAUUCCGUUGAGUUCGUCACUUAAACCGGCGUUACAACAUACAUACAUUGUUACAACUCGAGCAAAUUGCCCGCCAAUUGCAUCAUUAAUCGCAGAUCCACAUUAAGAAGUCGGUUAACCAGCAGCUAUGGACCACACCCAUCACAGUGCGCCCGAUGUUGAUCACUCCAUGCAUCACGAUCAUGCGGGCAUGCACCACGACCACAGCGGCAUGGCUGCUGCGACAGCGUCUCCCUUGGAUCCUGCCUCGAUGCUCGACCUCAUCCCCCAAACCAGCGAUUUGCAGGCGAGUCACACGGGUCAUGUCGGUCACGGAGCUCACAAUCAUGGCGGUGGCUCUGGAACGGGAAUGGAGCACAUGAUGCCCAUGGCGUUCCACUUUGGCCACAACGAGACGAUCCUGUUCUCCUGGUGGCACAUCGAAACGGUGGCCGGUUUGGUGGGCUCCAUGAUCGUCAUCUUCUUGCUGGCGCUGAUGUACGAGGGACUUAAGUACUAUCGCGAGUAUCUGUUCUGGAAGACAUACAAUCUGCUGGAGUACCGACCCGUGACGGGGCCACAAAGAAAUCCGGAGGCACCGCGCAUACCAUCACCGGCAGCGGCAGCUCCCUCGCCCGUGCAAUACGUGGGCGAAGUUGUGCACAAGCAACCACCUUCGAUGCUGUCGGUUAACCACCUGCUCCAGACGUUGCUGCACGUGCUCCAGGUGACCUUGUCCUUCCUGCUCAUGCUGAUCUUCAUGACGUACAACGUGUGGCUCUGCCUGAUGGUCGUCCUGGGCGCCGCCGUUGGCUACUUCCUCUUCUGCUGGAAGAAAUCGGUAAUCGUGGACGUCACCGAGCACUGUCACUAACAGAGGACGACCCACGGUAGCCUCAGCCGCCGUUGUCUUACAGAUAUGGAGAUGGAGACGGGGGCGGAGGCGUUGGAGGAGGAGGCGCAGAUGUCCAUCUGAAUGAAAGGCAGAUGCAUUGGUGCUAAGCUGGAAUCCCAGGAAGCUCUUAUCCCCACACUUCAACCCACUUCAACACACCCUGCAGCAAUUGCUAUUCUCUAGGUAUUAGCCUAUAAACUAAAUCCCAUGCUGGCAGUAAAAGAUGCAACCGCUGCAUCGUUUACAAUCUUUAUAUACCGACAUCAAGAUUAACUAUAUGAACGGUCAAUGCUGUCCGUAAAGAAAGUGUAAUGCAUACAAGAGAACAAAGUGAGCGACUGGCUAGCGAAUUGUAUAAAGUUAAGCAAUGCAUAUAUUACUUUUUUUCCGUUGGUACUCAAUCUAUGUUCCCAGGAUUCCCCCUAAAAGCAAAUAUAUUUUUUUUUAUCAUUACUAAUAUACACCAUUUUGUAUCCCUAUUAUACGAUUAUGAUUAUUAUUGUUUGGUAAUAAACUCCAUUCUUUUAUACAUAUGUAUAUAUAUUUAUAUAUAUAUUACUUUGGAUUGUUAGCCCCACAAAAAGACAAGUUUGUUAAAUUUGGCUUCCUUGUGAAAUGUUGUAAGACUUGAAUGUGUGCUUCAACAGUGCGUUUCACAAGUGUAAUUUGGUUAUGGAAACGAUUGUAGAUCCCGAUCAGCACCAGUUGAGAUGGUUGGCAUUGAUUUAUGCUUGCAUUUACGUGUUGUUCAGAUAUUACUGAUAUUACUUUAGACUACAAAACUUUUACUGUAUUAUCCAAUUAACUUUUACGUGCUCCCACUGCUGAUUGUAAAUUGUUGUCUGUUUUGUUAAUUGACUGUCCGCAAAAAACAGGCGUUCAAGUCGCACAAUUGGCUGUUGUGAAUUGCUUUCCUAAAUGAAUGGCCAUCCGAACUACAUACUGCCUUACUGUCCCGAAACGCACUGUAACCAGCAUAUGUUCACCUACUCCAUUACAGUGCGAAAAUAGAUUUUGUAGAUAUUAAACUUAAUGCAAAUACAUACAGUACAGCGACAACAAACUUAUAAAUACUAUAAAUAUUAAAUCGAUAUUAAAUGUACCUAUACAUUAAUAAAUAUACAAGCAGAAUAUUGUUAAAACUGAAA